AUGAUUGACGCGCAUCAGUUUUCCAUGUGGAGUCGAGAAUUAUUCAGAGCCGGCCUGCUUGUAUUUCUUUACAAUUUACAUUUAGUCGAACAUAAAACUUCUUGUUCCAAGUUAAUUGCAGCUAGACAAAUUCAAGUUACAUAUAUUAACAAUUUCAGCGAGAGUUUUUCUGGUCCCGCGCUUUUUGACAGUUGGAAUAGGCAAAAUCGAAAUAGCAACACAGCAUCAGGAACGCGCAGACAAAGGGGAAACAGACACGCAGAGUGACUCACUUUAUUAUUCGUUUACUUAUUUGGCAGCUGCUCGGUAUUGUCUAUAUUCACAUAUACAUACACACCAUAGAAAGCUAAGCGAUUACGAAAAAAUUUCCACCAAUUCGCGCCCUAACAGCUACGGCAUUUGCACGAAAUCGAAAGUAAGAGCACUAAAAUGACUUCGGACAUAACACGCCAACUAAUUGUUAUCUUGGAGAAGACGGUCUCACCAGACAAAAAUGAAUUGCUUUCGGCGAAGAACUUCCUGGAACAGGCUGCCGCCAGUAAUCUAACUGAAUUUUUAAAGGCGCUGUCCAAAAUUCUAGUUGAUACAACAAAUAGCGCUGUGGCGCGAAUGGCAGCUGGUCUUCAAUUGAAAAAUCACUUAACUAGCAAGGAUGAGAAGAUCAGUCUUCAGUAUCAGGAACGCUGGCAUCAGUUUCCUGACGAAGCCCGCGAACUUAUAAAAAAUAAUAUACUUGCUGCUUUGGGCACCGAAAACACUCGACCGUCAUGUGCUGCCCAAUGCGUUGCCUAUGUAGCUGUCAUUGAGUUACCGAUCAAUCGAUGGGGCAUUUUAAUACAGACGCUUGUCAACAAGGUUGUCCAUGAGGGUUCCAGCGAAAUGCACCGCGAAGCUGCGCUAGAGGCAAUUGGUUAUAUUUGCCAGGAUAUCCGAUAUGGCGUUCUUGAAAAUCAAUCCAAUCAAGUGCUUACGGCUAUCAUACAUGGAAUGCGCAAGCAGGAACCCAGUAAUCAUGUUAGAUUGGCUGCCACGACGGCGCUUUACAACUCAUUAGAGUUCACUAAGGCAAACUUUGAGAAGGACAUGGAGCGAAAUUUUAUCAUGGAAGUAGUAUGUGAGGCAACGCAGUGCACAGACACACAGAUAUGUGUUGCUGCCUUGCAAUGUUUAGUUAAGAUCAUGUCGCUGUACUACCAGUUCAUGGAGCCCUACAUGGCCCAAGCAUUGUUUCCAAUUACUUUGGAGGCCAUGAAAUCAGAAAAUGAUGCAAUCGCUCUUCAGGGAAUUGAGUUUUGGUCAAAUGUAAGCGAUGAGGAAAUCGAUCUUGCCAUUGAGAGCCAAGAGGCCACCGACCAGGGCCGUGCACCGCAACGAGUCUCCAAACAUUAUGCACGUGGUGCUCUUCAAUUUUUAACACCGGUUCUAGUUGAAAAACUUACUAACCAGGACGAAUGCGACGAUGAAGAUAAUUGGAGUCCGGCUAAAGCUGCCUCAGUAUGCUUGAUGCUUUUGGCCACAUGCUGCGAGGACGAAAUUGUGCCGCAUGUCUUGCCGUUUAUCAAAGAAAAUAUUGAAUCGCCCAAUUGGCGUUACCGAGAUGCUGCGGUGAUGACUUUUGGUGCAGUGCUCAAUGGUUUAGAACCCAACACGCUGAAACCACUUGUUGAGCAGGCGAUGCCCACCCUUAUACGCCUUAUGUACGAUUCCAGUGUUAUCGUUCGCGACACAACAGCUUGGACUUUUGGACGGAUAUGCGAUGUUAUUCCAGAAGCUGCUAUAAACAAAACUUAUUUACAAACAUUGCUUGAGUGCUUCGUGAAGAGUCUUAAGUCGGAACCACGUGUGGCCGCCAAUGUUUGCUGGGCGUUUAUAGGUCUUUCGGAUGCUGCUUACGAAGCAGCCGUCACCACCGAAGGAGACACACCAGAGACAUAUGCGCUGUCACCAUACUUUGAGUUUAUUAUCACCCAAUUGUUGGAAGCAACUGAUCGUUCAGAUGGCGCACAGGCCAAUUUGCGCAGUGCUGCCUACGAGGCUUUGAUGAAUAUGAUAAAAAAUUCUCCUCUGGAUUGUUAUUUAGUCGUCCAGCACACUACGAUUGUCAUCUUAGAGCGUCUUAACCAAGUUAUGCAGAUGGAGAGUCACAUCAGCAACCACAGCGAUCGGCACCAGUUUAAUGACCUACAAUCCCUGCUCUGUGCCACUCUGCAGAGUGUGCUACGCAAGGUGCGCGAGGAGGAUGCUCCACAAAUUUCAGACGCCAUUAUGACAGCAAUCUUGACAAUGUUCAGCUCAAGUGCCGGAAAGUCGGGUGGUGUUCAGGAGGACGCCUUCCUGGCCCUCUCUACGCUAGUUGAACUACUGGGCUUUCAAUUUGUCAAAUACAUGCCAGCCUUUAAAGAUUUCCUUAUCAUGGGGCUCAAGAAUCAUCAAGAAUAUCAAGUUUGCUGUGCUUCCAUUGGACUAACUAGUGAUAUUUGUCGCGCAUUAAAGCACCUAAUGGUACCCUACUGCGAUGAAAUCAUUUCCGUAUUGAUGAGCGAUCUCUCCGAGCCCAAUCUUCAUCGCAGUGUGAAACCACAGAUUCUAUCUGCCUUUGGCGAUAUGGCCCUAAGCAUUGGGAGCGAUUUUCUCAAAUAUCUAAAUGUAGUUAUGGACAUGUUGCGGGCAGCGUCCGAUUUACAGGUGGAUUCCAGCAACUACCACAUGACAGAAUACAUAAAUGAAUUGCGGGAAAGCGUUCUAGAGGCAUACACCGGUAUAAUUCAAGGUCUAAAAGGAGUUGAGCAAACGGCCAAUCCAGAUGUGUUCCAUAUGGAGCCUCAUUUGAUGCAUAUUAUUUCCUUUAUCAAGCGCAUUGCCCAAGACGGGGAAGUUUCGGACUUAAUGGUGGCAAGUGUCGCUGGAUUCAUUGGGGAUUUAUGUACAUCAUUUGGCCCACGUCUCUACCCGUUGUUGGAUGAUGUUGUUAUCACACAUUUCCUGGCUGAAGGCAAGCGUUCCAAGGGUCAGCGUACUAAAAUGCUCUGUACAUGGGCGGCCAAGGAGAUCAAGAAAAUUAACAGUCAAGUUAUAGCCCAGUAAAAUGGGCUUUUAGGUGUUAAUCUAUUUCCCACCCCAAUGUGUGUACGCAGCCAAACUGUUCAGUCCGAAUUCGAAAAUUCUAUCUGCAAGUUUGUUUGUCCGAUUUAUUGUUGCUGUGCGACGCUUAAAGUUUAAGACAAUUUUGUUUUUUAAUUAAAUUGUAAGCCAAAUCCUGCUAUGAUUAUGAUAUUUAUAUUGUUAUUUUUGUGUGAGAUCAUUAGUAAAUUUGAUAUUUCCUAAGAAGCGUUAUUACAGUCCAACAACUACAUAGAUUACAUAAGCAUUAUGACAACUUAACAUUUAAGCAGCUUAUUAGCACAACGAUUCCAGUAUGACACAAAGAGAAUCCGAUUAUAUACAUUACACAAAACAAAAGGGAGUGCAAAAAAUGUUAUUCAAAAUUAUGAUCAUGUCUCUAUAAAAUUGUAAUGUAAGGGAAAAAUCGGUAUCAAUUUAUAACAUUACAUUAAACCCGAUAAAAAUCGAAAACUACAUAGCAAUAUUGUAUACAAAUUAUCUUACGGCUGCAACAUAAUUUAUAAGAUACACCUAUGUAAAUGAAAAAAAAAAAAAACAAAAAUCAACCAAUUAGUUGAUUUGCGGGAAUGAAACUCUUAGUUCUUGACGUAUAUAAAAUGACGUACUUCAAAAUGCAGCAGAUGUGUAAGUGUGUGACUGUGGCAGUCUGCGAGUGCGGGAAUAUGCGAGUAUGAGAAUAUUUGUGUGUGAAUGUUAACUUAUGAAUGAGCCAUAAGAAUGCCUGUGUACAAUGUAUGAAAUGAUUAUAAAUGAGUGCUUUAUUAAUUGCUACUAAUCUCCAUAUCUAGUUACAGUGUGAAUCUGAGGUAUGUGGAUGUCUGAACUGAAACUAUAUGGUUUGUGAUUGAAGUGUUAUGAGCGAGAACCACUCCUUAUAAAUAAAAGCACUUCAAAUGCGCGCGAGUGUGGCGUGUUGUGUGAUAUUACUAAAUGUAAGUUUUUUCUAGAGAUCAUUAAGCAAAUUUCCAAUAAAUAAGACGAAUGACUAGCUAUAAGCAAAUUUCAAAAUCGACGAUAUACCAAACACAAAUUAAUGAACACCAAAAAAAAAAAAAAAUAAAUAAAUAAAUAAAAAGAAAAGAAAAAGAUUUUAAACGGGCGCCAAUCUGUUAUAAUAAACAAUAACAAUAAUAAUAAAUAACAAAUCCCAAUCAUGAAAACACAAUAUAGGGAAACCAAUAAAUUUAAACCGAUUCAAUUUUUAUAUAGUACAUAAAACUGUCAUUUAUAUUAUUCAGCCAAUAUUCAGACCAGCGCCUGAUUUUCGAUUAAUUUUAAAUACAAAAUCAAUAUGAAACAAAUGUGAAAUGAAAUGAAAAACGAAUACAGUAACAACCGAACAACUACCUGCAACGUUAUAUUGAACUUAAACAAGCAAACAAAUAAAGCACUACUAAACUAACGAAAACGGACCAGGGUAACACUACAGUACUUCACUUUACAUACAUGCAUACAUACAUAGAUACAUCUACAUUACAUUUAGGAAUAUAAACACCAUACGAACAAGUAUAUGACUGUUUAGGACAUAACGACACGACGCGAAUUUGUUAAUGACUAAACUCAGUUUUAUCUUUCGUCAUUCACAUGAUCACUCGUUUAUGGAGUAAACCGUACAAAAAAAAAAAAAAAA